ACCUUUCACACCAUGAGCACCAAACUGGUACUCUGCCUGUGCCUGGCGCUCUGCGGAGCCCUGGCCAUGGCCAUUCCCGUGGAGGAUAAUAUCGGUCAGGAAUCGGAGGUGGAGAACAGCCAGGAGCUGAACAGCAUUGAGGAGAACGAUGCCGAGGCCGAUCCCGCGUCGUGGCGCAAGCUCUUCGGGAGCGAAGGCAGCGCUGGAAACCUAGUGCUUACCUUCCCCAGCUCUACCACUACCACCACUACUAAGAAGCCCAAGACCACCAAGCGGCCGUACUACCCCUACCCGCCUUACCCACAGUACUCACCAUAUCCGCCACCGUACCCCUAUCCCGGCUACUAUCCACCCCCUCCGUAUCCCUUUCCCACAACGACAACAACCACAACGACUACCACCAAGAAGCCCGUGCCGAAACCCGAUGAUGGACACCACCACCAUCCCCACCAUCCCCAACAUCCGCAACAUCCGCAACAUCCCCAACAUCCGCACCAUUCCUACCAUCCCCACCAUCCCCAGUACCCCCCCUAUCCACAACCACCUUCGUAUUACCCACCCUACCCGUACUACCCACCUCCACCACCUCCACCACCACCACCACCACCACCACCACCGCCACCACCACCAUCCAACGACGACUCAGACGAAUCCACCGAAACACCCACUAAGACCUGCAAGAAGUUCCUGGGCCUUGGACUCGUCUGCGCCUAAGCUGUAGAUCCAGAACCUAUCACUAAAAAGAGCUCAAUAUUUAUUUAUUUAUAAUUUAUUUAUUAACCGAAUAAACAAUUGGCGCACA